CAGCGCAACAACAAGGGAAAAGAAACAUGGCGGCGUCCAUGAGCAGAAGCUCCUGUGAAGAAGCUCCUCUGACAUUCACAUGUUUCUCUGUACAGAAGAACAAGGUUUGUGUCUGAAGAAGUCAAGAGUUUAAAAGAAGUGAGGUGUCCAUCAUGUCCCGGCUGGCGGUGGUGUGUGGGGGCUCCAGAGGCAUCGGGGGGGCUGUGUCCCGCCUGUUGGCAGAGAGGGGCUGCAGGGUGGCUGUCGUUUCCAGGAAUGAAGAUGCUGCCAGGGCUGCGCUGGCAUCUUUACAUGGAGCCGACCAUGUGGCUCUCGGCUGUGAUGUCUCCAAAGAGCAAGAGGUGCAGAAAACCUUUGAGACGAUCCAGAAGACCUGCGGAAACAUCUCUUAUCUCGUGAACGCGGCUGGCAUCAACAGGGAUGCUCUGUUACUGAGGAGCAGGCCGGAGGACAUGCUGGCUCUGCUGCACACAAACCUGCUGGGCUCCAUGUUGACCUGCAGGGCGGCACUGCGCAGCAUGCUGCACACACGCGGCGCGGCGGUUGUUAAUAUAGGCUCUGUUGUGGGCCUGAAAGGGAACGCUGGUCAGUCUGUGUACAGUGCCAGUAAAGCUGGUUUAGAGGGCUUCACUCGCUCUCUGGCUAAAGAAGUCGCUUCUCGUAACAUCAGAGUGAACCUGCUGGCUCCAGGUUUCAUCCGCACUGACAUGACCUCGGGCCUGAAGGAGGAGGACGGAGCACGCUCGAUCCCUCUGGGGAGAUUUGGCGAGCCGGAGGAGGUCGCUCAGGCGGUCCUCUUCCUUUUGGAGUCUUCAUACAUUACAGGACAGGUGCUGGUGGUGGACGGAGGACUGCAGCUGGCCAUGUAGGGACCGAGGCUUUACUCUGGAGUUAUCUCAACACUUAGAUAAAAUGUGAGGCUGGUAAAGCUUCACUCUGCCUUUUCUGGAACAUUUGUCAGCUGUUUCUGUUAUCGUUAAGGGUCAAGCUUCUGACUCAUCAAAACAGGGCACUUGUUUUUAGACCUCUGCCCUUUGGUGACACAUGUUGGGGUCUUAAUGAAUCAUCACCGAUGAUCGCCCCAACCUGGAGUUCACACUAUUAUGUUGAGGGGCACAUGCACUUUGUCAAGGUUCUGCCUCAAAAAGAGCUGGAGUAUGACCUCCAAAGAGGAGAGACAAAUUGGUACAACUUUUUGUCAAAGAGUAACUUCAGUAAAAGCCACCAGACUCCAUUGACAAAACAGAAUCUUUUUCCGGCAAAACUCAUGAGUUGCUACUCUGUUGCUUCAGUGAUUGACCAGUUUUUUUUUUGUGGUAUUGUCCAUCCAAUAUCUAUACUGUUGUCCCGUUCAGGGAGCCAAUCCCAACUGUCAUAGGAAAAGAGGUGGGGUACACCCUGGUCUAGUCACCUCUCAAUAACAGGGCUGACCUACUGAGACAUAUUAACAGUUACACCUACAGGUAAUUUAGAGUCACUAGUUAAACUAAGAAGCAUGUCUUUUGACUGUGGGAGGGGGAACCUGAGAAACCGGAGGGAACCAACGCAUGCACAGGGACAACAUGCAUACUCCACACAGAAAGACCAUGUCUGACGGGGGAUACACACUCUUGCUGUGAGGCGACAGCACUAACCACUGCACCACCUUGUGAAUAUAGUAUAUAGAUUUGGAUCCAAACUCACUUUAAAACACCAAAUUCACACAGUAAUACCCACAGGCUCACUGAUCUCGGCAGUUGUAGACCAGUAACUCCAGUUUUUGUCAAUGUUGUUUGGGGAUGUUAAAGAACGUAAUAUAAUGUAUUUACAAAUAAAAACAUCAAGUGCAUUUUUAACGGCCUA